UGGAUCUCCCUCGUCUCUUCCAUAAAAACCGGACCAAACCUUCAAAAAAAAAAAAGGGACGGAUGGAGUUUCAGACAUAUCAGACAUGGCCAUGGCAGUAUCUGCUGUCUUCUCCAAGUCUAUAUACUCAACAAGAAAACCAUGUUCAUUGGACUCAGACCCCUGAUUCUCACCUCUUCUCUGUCGAUCUCCCUGGAGUGAGAAAAGAAGAGAUUAAAGUGGAGAUCGAAGACUCGAGAUACUUGAUCAUACGGACGGAGACUGCGGGGGGGUCGCUCGAACCGCCGGCGAAGAGCUUCCGGAGGAAAUUCCGGCUACCGGAAUCAAUAGAUAUCGCCGGAAUAUCAGCUGGGUAUGACAGCGGAGUUUUAACGGUGACUGUUCCGAGGGCUUUCAGGAGAAGAAGACAUUUCUUCAUCGAUCCGUCUGAUGUUCCUGAGAGGCUGGAAAUUCUUGCAAGAGCUGCUUGAGUGUUCUGUUCUUCCAUCUCCAUCCCACAACUGACGUUCUUGUCUGAAAAAGAUUCCAUCUUUGUUACUGGUGAACCAUUAACGUCAUAAAGUUUUCACCUUUGUUCACAAAAUCUCAUGUGCAAGUAUGGCGACUGUUGAUUUGGGGUGCAGAUUGAUAGUUUUAGAAAUGUGGGGUCAUAUAAUCAGAAUGCGAAUCUCUGGGGGCUGUUACGGAAAGAGUACGAAUCAGUAACUACUGUCUAUCGAAGUUCGGUCUAAUGAUAAGACGAUCAAAGAACA